UUAAAGGGCCAGCGAGACUGCGGCUGGCGAUAAUUGUUCGGGCUCGUGCAGGGAUGGAGGUAACACGACAAAAUUUUAAAGACAGUUUAUGCCCCAUCUACAGCGCCAUAGAAGAAGCUGACUUUCUCGCCAUCGAUGGAGAGUUUUCAGGAAUAAGCGACGGGCCCUCCGUAAGUGCGCUGACCAACGGGAUGGACACGCCGGGGGAGCGCUACGUGAAACUAAGGAAGCACUCCAUGGACUUCCUGCUCUUUCAGUUUGGCCUCUGCACGUUCCGCUAUGACCAGUCGCAGAGCAAGUAUCUGAUGAAAGCUUUUAAUUUUUAUAUAUUCCCAAAGCCAUUCAGCAGGAACUCUCCAGACAUUAAGUUCAUCUGUCAGAGUUCCAGUAUUGACUUCCUGGCCAGUCAGGGAUUCGACUUCAACAAAGUUUUCCGCAGUGGGAUCCCAUAUCUGAAUCAGGAGGAGGAGUCUCAGCUGAGGGAGCAGUAUGAAGAGAGGCGGAGCCAGGUGAAUGGGGCUGGGACUCCUUCCUACAUCUCUCCCAAUUCCUGUAAGGGACCAGUGAACGUGCCAGACGAACACAAAGACUUCAUCGGCAGAGUCGUGGAGAAGGUAGAUGCUCUUUUGAACAGUUCUGAGAAGUCAGUGGAGUUGGAGCCCUGCUCAGGGUUUCAGAGGAAGCUCAUUUACCAGACUCUCAACUGGAAGUACCCCAAAGGCAUCCAUGUUGAAACUGUGGAAACUGAAAAGAAGGAGCGCUUUAUUCAGAUCAGUAAGGUGGAUGAAGAGGAGAGAAGGAGGAUGGAGCAACAGAAGUAUGAGCGAGAGCAGGAGGAGAUGAAUGAUGCAGUUGGGUUUUCAAGAGUCAUUCAUGCGGUCUCCAAAUCUGGGAAGUUGGUGGUUGGCCAUAACAUGCUUCUGGAUGUCAUGCACACCAUCCACCAGUUUUACUGCUCUCUACCAGAGGAGUUGGAUGACUUCAAAGAGGUCACCAUGUGUGUGUUUCCCAGGCUUUUGGACACGAAGCUGAUGGCAUCCACUCAGCCUUUCAAGGAGCUGAUUACAAAUACAUCUUUGGCAGAACUGGAAAAGCAACUGAAGGAGAAGCCAUUCAAAGCACCUCGAGUUGAAUGCUCUGAGGGCUUUCAGAGUUACGACACUGCCUCUGAGCGGCUCCAUGAAGCCGGUUAUGAUGCCUACAUCACCGGCCUCUGCUUCAUCUCCAUGGCUAACUACCUGGGUUCAUUCCUCACUCCUCCAAGAUCUCACAUCUCUGCUCGCUCCAAACUCCUUGAACCCUUCUACAACAAAUUGUUCCUCAUGCGGGUGAUUGAUAUUCCUUACCUGAACAUUAGUGGACCAGACUUGCAGCCAAAGAGAGACCACGUUCUCUAUGUCACAUUCCCCAAAGAGUGGAAGACCAGUGACCUAUAUCAGUUAUUCAGUGCUUUUGGUAAUAUCCAGGUGUCUUGGCUCGAUGACACAUCAGCUUUUGUGUCCCUCAGCCAAUUGGAGCAGGUGCAGAUCGCGGUGAACACGAGUCAGUAUGCCGAGAGUUAUCGGAUCCAGACGUAUGCAGAAUAUUUACAGGCCAAGCAGAAAAAUACAAAUAUAAACAGGAAGUGGGCCGAGGAUGGGUGGGCAGAUGCUUCCUACAAAUCUGCUGGCAUGACAUCUACGUGCAGCCGUGCACACAACAGGUCACUGACGGGGAAGAGGAGUCUUAGUCCCACUCAGGAAGAUCAAAACUCUGACUUCACCGGGAUUGCUGAUAGCAACUGGAGUAACUACAGCAACCCAGAAACAAAGAAGAUUAAGAGAGAUGCUGGCGUGAGUGGUGGGUGUGCCCAGACAUAUGCUGAUGUUUUAGUCUCCAGAACCACAGAUGAUUGGCUUAGAACUCUGCCAGUAGAAGGCACACCUUCUACCAGCCCGACUGAAGCAGAGGCCGAGUCCCAGGAAGCAGACACCUGGCCCAAAACCUCAGCCAAUGAGAAUAAAGAUCCUCAGGCCACUCAAACAGGACUGUUUGAUGUUCCACAAGUUUGGUAGCACUAACCAAAUGGAAAACUCCCUGUGAAAGCAGCUACUCAGCCAAUCAGAGGAAACUGAGACCGCACUUACCUUACAGCCAAUCAGAAGAGUGUCAGACUGCACUUCAGCACACAACCCAAAGCCAUAACUUUCACUGUGGCAUAACAUGCACACAUCGUCACGUGUACACACACAGGCACAGACAUCGCCAGCCUCUACCUUUUUGACUUGCACAACUCCUUUUCUGAUUGCAUGAUUUGAGGGGGGGGGGGUUUCAUAAGGAGUUCGCAGAGAGUUCACUGGUCGUUGUAACCAUCCCCUGAAGGUGCUAAGGGUAAAUCUGUAGCUUGGAUUGCAUGGUUUACCAUUUGAUAGCUCUUGUUUUCUGAUGUGUGAUUGGGAGAGGGAGAGGAAAACCGUGUGCGUGUCAUGUCAGUUUAAAACAAAUGUCAGGUGUUCUCUGCCUCCCUCUCAGCAGACGUGGUUUAUAGAUAAAUGAGUGUCAGGAUUAUCCAAUAUUUUUAAACUUGGUUAGGCAUUCGGUUUUGGGGAUUUUUGUUUGUCUUGGUCUGUGUUUGUGUUUUGGUAUUUUUUUUUGUAAUUUUUAAAUGUGUAGGAUUCCCCCAACAACAUAACCUAACCUGCUCCAUUUUAGCAAAGCCAACACUUUAGAGCAUCUGUGUUUAUUUCCUGGUGUCAAAAGUGCAGAACCUUUUUGUUAAUAUUUUGUAAAUGUGGUGUCUAAUUAUGCUUUUGCCACUCUUGGAUCAACUGCAGGAAAGUGAAAGAAUGGUUUAGUACAAGCAGGACCAUGUGGGCUUUUUUGGUUUUGUUUUUUGUAUAAUUGUUCUCUUUUCAGAGGGAGAAAGAUUAAAGAAUGUUUCUUAGUA